CGCGACGAUGCGCGCUCCGCGGCGAGUCCGCCCCGCCGGCCGCGAGUGCAUCUCAUAGCGGCCCGCGGAUUUCUGCGGUGGAUCGCGGUGGGUCACAUUGCCCCGGCUCUUCUAACUCGGCGGCGCCGCUUUCACCGGCCGCUUCAACGAAAGGUGUACUGAGAAAAGAUGACGGGAAGUACUAACAACGAGAUGGGCCAGGGGGUGACCUCGGGAGUUCGAAGCGACGGCGGGAAGCACACGGUUCACUGGUUCCGUAAGGGACUCCGGCUGCACGACAACCCCUCGUUGAGGGAGGGUCUCGCGGGGGCGUCCACUUUCCGGUGCGUCUUCGUCCUGGACCCCUGGUUCGCCGGAAGUACCAACAUUGGCAUCAAUAAAUGGAGAUUCCUGCUGCAAUGUUUAGAAGAUCUGGACUGUUCUCUGAGGAAACUAAAUUCCCGGCUGUUCGUGAUCCGGGGACAGCCGGCCGACGCGCUUCCCAAGCUCUUCAAAGAAUGGGGCACGACAAACCUGACUUUCGAGGAGGAUCCGGAGCCGUUUGGCCGCGUACGAGAUCACAAUAUCUCGGCCCUCUGUAAGGAGCUCGGUAUCUCGGUGGUCCAGAGAGUUUCGCACACUCUUUACAGAUUAGAUGAGAUCAUAGAGAGAAAUGGUGGGAAACCGCCGUUGACCUAUCAUCAAUUUCAAAACGUCGUCGCCGGCAUGGACCCGCCAGAACCGCCGGUACCGACGGUGACUGCCGCCUGCAUCGGCAGCGCCUAUACACCCCUGAAGGACGACCACGACGACCAUUACGGAGUACCCACCCUCGAGGAACUCGGCUUCGACACGGAAAAUCUGUUGCCGCCGAUGUGGGUUGGCGGCGAGAGCGAGGCCCUGGCUAGGCUCGAACGUCACCUCGAGAGGAAGGCAUGGGUGGCGAGUUUCGGCAGGCCGAAGAUGACGCCGCAAUCCUUAUUACCGAGUCAGACCGGGCUCUCGCCAUAUCUGCGAUUCGGCUGUCUCAGUACGCGGCUGUUUUACUAUCAGCUCACCGAUUUGUACAAAAAGAUAAAGAAAGCGGUGCCGCCGCUGUCGUUGCACGGCCAGCUUCUCUGGCGCGAAUUCUUUUACUGCGCCGCGACGAAGAAUCCCAAUUUCGAUCGGAUGCAGGGCAAUCCGAUUUGCGUGCAGAUACCAUGGGACAAGAACGUGGAGGCGCUCGCAAAGUGGGCGAACGGUCAGACGGGAUUUCCGUGGAUUGAUGCGAUCAUGACGCAGCUGCGGGAAGAGGGUUGGAUACAUCACCUGGCCAGACACGCGGUGGCUUGCUUCUUGACCAGGGGCGACCUUUGGAUUUCAUGGGAAGAAGGAAUGAAGGUGUUCGACGAGCUUCUCUUAGACGCGGACUGGUCCGUCAAUGCCGGCAUGUGGAUGUGGCUGUCGUGCAGUUCGUUCUUCCAACAGUUUUUCCACUGCUACUGCCCCGUACGCUUCGGCAGGAAAGCUGAUCCGAACGGCGAUUAUAUCAAACGCUACCUGCCGGUGCUGAAGAACUUCCCGACCAGGUACAUUCACGAGCCCUGGAACGCGCCGCUCAGUAUACAGCACGCCGCCAAGUGCAUCAUCGGCAAGGAGUACUCGUUGCCGAUGGUGAACCACAGCAAGAGCUCGCGCAUCAACAUCGAGCGGAUGAAACAGGUGUACCAGCAGCUGAAUAAGUAUCGCGGUAACGGGACCUCGUUUAAGGGAGAAAACAUCGGCUUGCUGAACGCAUUGCUGGCACCACCGGCGAAGGACAGCGACGAGGAGAAGAUGAAGCAGGACUCGUCGAAUCGGGAUAACGAGCAGAAAAUGGAGGCCAUCAGCAGCCCCACGCAACAGCAACAGCAACAACAGCAACAGUAGUAGCGACAGUCGGUAUAGUGAUCUGGCUGAUCCGUUAACAUGACAAUGCUGACAUUAUUCUUUUUCUACGGAUUUUAAAGCGAGUUGAAAAAUUCAAAUGAAUUCUACAUCUCCAAUAAUUUCGAUUAAUCAGCCCCGAGAAGAUCCGGCGUUAAUUAUGAUUGACAUGAAACGGUGCCUUUUGUACCUCAAUUUUUUCCCAGUAUUAUCGGGAAAUAGCUGCCACAUAUAGUAUAAAUUCUGUGAAUCAUGUCUAAUAUAUAUAAAUGUUAGAUAUGUAUAAAAUUUUUAUACUCUUUGCGAUCCCAUGUGAUAAUUGUUAAAAGUUAAUUGUAAAAUCGAUAUCAGAUAUUCUGUAAAAUACGCAGACCCGCGACAAGAAAGUAUUUUUUUAACAUUUGCAGAAAAAGUAAUAAAUGUUUUAGCAGCGAGCGUGUUACUAGAGCGAACCUAAUGUUCGCCUAAGAUGAAAGAUUAUCGUUACAACUUGUAUAUGUAUUUUGUCACACAGUUUAUAUAUGCAAUCUUUAACAAUGCUUCCUGGCGCGUAUUGAUUAACAACUGUUGUACCCGUUUAGAUUUUUUAUGGCUGUAAAUCACGAUUGUAAAUAAUGAAUAAGACGUACGUUUUAAAAGACA